UCAAGCAUUCAGUCUUCAACGUGCGUGUUUAUUUAUUUUUAUUUUUGUCUCUUGUUUACGUUUACUUUACAAAAAAACCAAAAAACGAUGCCUCCCAAAAAACAAGCAGCGGAUCCUCAGCCUAGUUCAAAACCUGUUCCUGCUGAAGAGCCCGAUGAGAAGAAAACAUCUGCACGCGCCGCGGCGGUGCGAAAACCCGCAACUCAUCCGUCCACAGCCGCCAUGGUGAGAGAGGCGCUGAAAGCCCUAGACUCGCGUAAAGGGGUUUCCUCCCAGGCCAUACAGAAAUACAUCAAACAGAAGCACCCCACUGCGGAGCCGGUGAGGCUGAAGCACUUGGUCCGCAGAAUCUUGAAGAACGGAUUAUUGAACGGGACGCUGGUGAGGCCUGUCAACGCCACCGUCACCACAGGCGCAUUGGGGAAGUUCAGGCUUGCGCCAAAAGAUAAAGAGAUGAAGCUGAAAACUGAGAACACUAAUCCAAAUGUGCAGAAGCCCAAAGCUGGAGCCAAGAAAACCCAGACAGAAGAUGCCACCAAGAAGAAGCCAACAAAUGAAAAGGCAAAAUCUACAAAGAACCCAAAGCCUCCAAAAACCGCAAAGGAUGAGGCAGCUGCUCCUUCAAAGGUUCCUCCAGCAAAGAAGCCAAAAGCUAAAAAAGUUGAGGCGAAGGGUAGCGGUGCUGGAAGCUCUGAACCAACCAAAAAGACUGCAAAGGCCAAAGGGGCAAAAACGGAGAAGAAAACUCAAAGCAAGGCUGUAAAGUCGGGCAGUGACGCCCCUGCAUCUAAAGCUGCUGGCAAACGAGUGAAGAAGCCAGAGUAAAAUAAGGAAACUUUUAUAUUUUUAUUUUUGUUUACAAUAAAUGUGUGGUUUUUAAA